UUUGCUUUCUCAAACUGUCUUUGGUUUUUAGACAACUUUGGAAACCAGCUUGCGGUUUUUAUUUUUGAUUUUUUUUUUCCUGACCCCUGAAAUUCAAAAGCAGUUUUUUAAUUUUCCCAGUAAACAAACACUUUGUUGUGUUUUUAAGAUUGUAUAUUAUUGUGAUUUUUUUUUUCCUUUUGAUUUUCGAGUGUAUAAGAGUACUGUCUGAGCUCAAAUGUGAAAAGGGUCUGACACAGAACAGUCUAAGUUGCAGUGUUGAAAGAGCUAGUUGAAGUCUGGAAGUUACAGUCACAGUUACUAUUGUGUGUCUGACUUGUAGAAUAUAAAAUUUGUUAGCUCUAAGUGGUAGUUCUAAGUAAAAGUUUUGGUCUAUGAAUGGAAGCAAGAGAAGCUAUGAGUUCUGGGGUUACUGUGAUAGGAGCAGAAGCUCCAUCAGCUUAUCAUGUAGCGCCAAGGUCUGAAAACCUGAGUCAGAGCCAAACUGCUGGUUCACCAGCUGUGACUGCUCCACCUGGGAGUGUGGGAUUAUCCGGAACAACCGGAAAGAAGAAGCGAGGUAGGCCGAGGAAGUAUGGACAGGAGGGGUCAGUCACUAUGGCAUUGUCACCAAUGCCAAUUUCAGCUUCUGCUCCACCCGGUGGCGACUUCUCAGCUGUGAAGCGGGGAAAAGCACGGCCAAGUGGUUUGGAGUAUAAGCCACAUAAGAAAGUGGGAGUGGAACAUUUUGGAGAGUUGAAUUCUGUGGGUACAAAUUUUAUGCCCCAUAUCAUCACUGUCAAUGCUGGUGAGGAUGUUACAAUGAAGGUUAUAUCAUUUUCUCAACAAGGACCUCGAGCUAUUUGCAUUUUAUCUGCUAAUGGAGUAAUUUCAAAUGUUACCCUUCGCCAACCUGAUUCUUCUGGGGGCACUUUAACAUAUGAGGGUCGUUUUGAGAUACUUUCGCUGUCCGGAUCUUUCAUGCCGACCGAGACUCAAGGGACAAGGAGCAGGUCAGGUGGGAUGAGUGUUUCUUUGGCAAGCCCUGAUGGCCGUGUUGUUGGGGGAGGAGUUGCUGGACUCCUGGUAGCUGCGAGUCCUGUGCAGGUUGUCGUAGGGAGUUUUCUACCAAGCAACCAGCAAGAGCAGAAACCAAAGAAGCUGAAAAAUGAGUCCACCCCUGCUAUUUUUACACCAGCUACUACCAUGGCUGUAAUACCUUUUUCUGGUGCUGAAGAUGACGAGGGACUGGGAGGAAAUGGGCAUCAAAAUUCAAGCACGCCAAGACCAAACCUUGCUUCUUCAUCAUCCUUCCGAAGAGAAAACUGGGUGGCCAUGCACAUGCAGGACUCUAGAAAGUCUGGAACUGAUAUCAAUAUAUCUUUACCUGGAGGUUAAAAUGAUAAGCUGCAAUCGAUUAUUAUCUCAAAAGUCUUGCUGACUAUAUUGUUCCCUGAUCUUGUUUCUCUAUAUGUAUCAAUUAUUGCUUCGAAUAACUAAAAUUGUCUUCAAAUGAUAUUGAUUAUUGUAAGAGGAAGUAGGGUACGAGUACUGAACUUCCAACUAGGAUUAUACAUUUUCUUAUGAGGUAGAUCUGAUUUGUAGGCUAAUUAUGUAGGUUUCUGCAGGUGUAUGAGUAGGAUCUUUUGAUGUAAUUGCAAUCGGUGAUUGUCUACCCUUGUUAUCAUGAUAUCUUCUGUCAUCAUUUCAGGUCCAGCGACCCAA